CCCUCCGUCCCCGGCCGGGAAUAUGCCACCAAAACAAGAAUUGGUAUCCGGCGUGGGAAAACCGGACAAGAACUCAAGGAAGCAGCAUUGGAACCGUCAAUGGAAAAAAUAUUUAAAAUUGAUCAGAUGGGAAGAUGGUUUAUUGCUGGAGGGGCUGCUGUUGGCCUUGGUGCAUUGUGCUACUAUGGCUUGGGAAUGUCUAAUGAGAUUGGAGCAAUUGAAAAGGCUGUAAUUUGGCCUCAGUAUGUGAAGGAUAGAAUUCAUUCUACCUACAUGUACUUAGCAGGAAGCAUUGGUUUAACAGCCUUGUCAGCCAUGGCAGUGAGCAGAACUCCUGUUCUCAUGAACUUCAUGAUGAGAGGCUCUUGGGUGACAAUUGGUGCAACCUUUGCAGCCAUGAUUGGAGCUGGAAUGCUGGUACAAUCAAUACCUUAUGACCGGAGCCCAGGCCCAAAGCAUCUUGCUUGGUUACUGCAUUCUGGUGUGAUGGGCGCAGUGGUGGCUCCUUUGACGAUAUUAGGAGGGCCUCUUCUCAUCAGAGCUGCAUGGUACACGGCAGGUGUCGUAGGUGGCCUCUCCACUGUGGCCAUGUGUGCACCCAGUGAGAAGUUUCUGAACAUGGGAGCACCCCUGGGAGUGGGCCUGGGCCUCGUCUUUGUGUCUUCACUGGGAUCUAUGUUUCUUCCACCUACCACUGUGGCUGGUGCCACUCUGUACUCGGUGGCAGUUUAUGGUGGAUUAGCUCUUUUCAGCAUGUUCCUUCUGUAUGACACGCAGAAAGUCAUCAAGCGUGCAGAAAUAGUGCCAGUGUAUGGAGUUCAAAAAUAUGAUCCCAUCAACUCGAUGCUGGGAAUCUACAUGGAUACAUUAAAUAUAUUUAUGCGAGUUGCCACUAUUCUAGCAACUGGAAACAGCAGAAAGAAGUGAAGUGACUCUGCUUCUGACAUCAUUAAUGCGUCAGAUUCCUGGCUUGUCUAGUAGGGCAGGUAUUCAUUAAGUGAUUUGUUGAAGCAGCUUUUGUUGAAGUUUAGAAGAUAAGAACUUGUCAUCAUGCUUGAAAUGUCCCAGUAAUGUGAUCCUUCAGGUCUGCCUUUUCUUCUAGAGAAUAAAUUCAGUAGUUCUCUGCCAGAUAAGC